GAAAUUUCGGUAGAAUUUAGAUAAAAUUUUAUAUAUAUAUUAUGUUCUGUUUUGUUUAGGGUCCACUCGCUCAACCGCCCUCAAGACGUGAUGCGUCAAAGGGGAAAGCUCCGAUGCUUUCUCCACAAGGCCGUGGUGCACGGGAAGAUGAGUUGUUCACGGAAGAGAAGAUGGCGUUGAUCCCUAAUUCGCUAAAAUGGAUGAUUCAUGAAUUCCUAAGGCUCAAAGAUAAACGUGAUAUAAUCACAAUUUCUGUCCCCCGAGGAUUCAUUGCACCGCGUGCCCAGAUCCUGCUUUCUGGAGAGGAUUUGCAGCAGGUUGCUACGUGUAACUACAUCGGCAACCAGGGAAUGCUGUUUGGAAUGAUGCACAUAUGGGAGAGCAUCAACGGUCUGAGAAAAAUUUUCAAGUUUUACGACCCAGAGCUUCUCACAGUGCAUGGGAUCAACGAUGAAGAACAGAGUCAGUCUUUUGACGAUGCGGCAAGACGAUUGGCUAAUUGGUUAUCAUUAAUGAACAACAACCACCAAAUGUUCUUUAUUCCUUGGAAUAUCGGGAUGCAUUGGACGCUAGUGGUGGUUGCGCCAAGGAAAAUUAUCCAUUUAAACCCUGUAAAAGGCCGCCCAAUUCCCGAAGAAAUAGAACAAAUGAUCGGAAGGGCAUUCAUGUAUAUAGGGGACGCACAUCAGUAUCUUGGCCCGUGGCAAGGAAUUUCACAAGCAAACUGUCCAAGACAACCUAAAAGCCAAGAAUGCGGUUUUUAUGUUUUGAAAUAUAUCACUGACAUCGUCGCACGUGCCAACCCCAACCGUUACAUACAAGAUCAAAAAGCUGUAAGUUUUAAUUAUUGAUCAUAGUAUAUAAAUUUUAUAAUAACAAAUAUAUAAUAUACAUAUACAUAA